AUGAGCCAAGCUACGAGUUCAAACAGCGAAGAGAUAAGUAACGAAGACCGUUUACUGGAAUUAGCCAAGGCCAAGCCUGAGGGGAUUUCAAACGAGAACAUAAAACAGGCAAUUCCUAAUUUACCCCUCGAAGAACUCGCCCUGAUAAUCAACAAGUGUUUAAAAAAUGGUUCCUUGGAGUUGUUCAAGACCAAAGACAAGCUCCUCUACAAAUACAAAGACUCGUCGAAGAAGCCCGCCAUUCGGGGGGCCGACAACGAGGAAAAAGUCGUGUUUAAGAUAAUCGAAGAGGCUGGCAACAAGGGCAUUUGGAUUCGAGACAUUCGCUUCAAGUCCAACCUCAACAUGACGCAACUAAACAAAGUCCUCAAAAGUCUCGAGACGAAAAAAAUAAUCAAAGCCGUAAAGUCAGUCUCGGCCAGUAAGAAAAAAGUGUACAUGUUGUACGACUUGGAGGCCGACAGUUCGGUCACGGGGGGCGCCUGGUACCAGGACCAGGACUUCGAGUCGGAGUUUGUGGACGUUUUGAGCCAACAGUGCUGCCGGUAUUUGCGCCAGAAGUGGGAGGAUGCGAACAGCAUGGGGGGCGGCCCGCUCCUGGCCCGAAACCGGAGCUACGCCACGGCGCAAGACGUCCACAAAUUUAUUUCCGAGCUGGGGAUUAGUAAAAUUUCGCUGUCAGUGGACGAUAUUGAGAGCAUUUUGUAUACUGUUGUUUUGGAUAAUAACGCGGAGCGGAUUGUGGCCACGAACGGCUCGUUUUUGUACCGAGCGGUCAAUAAAUUUAUGCAAACACCUGGCAUUGUGACAACCACUUGUGGGGUUUGCCCCAUAGCCAGCAGGUGCGCCGAUACCGGUUUUAUUAACCCGAAAGUUUGUAAUUAUUUCACGGAAUGGCUCGAAUAAAGUGUUUCGCAACAAA